GCGGUCGGGCACCGGGGAGAUGCCGGGCCGGGGUGCGGGGUCCGACUGGACGGAGUGCUGCCCUUCCCUAGAGCCGCCCGCAGCGGCCGGGACCCAGGGCGGCGGCGGCGGAUCAGCUGGACAUCCUUAUUAUGAGAAUUCCAAAGAUAGAAUCAAAGAUGGACACAAAGUGAAUUCACACAUAGCCAAGCUCCAAGAGUUAUGGAAAACUCCUCAAAUUCAAACGGUUCACAUCCCUAAAUCAAUGAUGGAUGCAUCGUUUCUAAAGCACCCAGACCUCACCAUAGGCCAGAAGCGUUACCUGUGCAGCAUUGCUAAGAUCUAUAAUGCCAACUAUCUGAGGACGUUAAUGAAGAGACAGUAUAUGCACAUGAUUCAGCGCAGCUCACAAAAGCCAGGUGUCCUCACUCAUCACAGGAGCCGCCUCAGCUCUCGUUACUUGCAGAAACAGCAUUACCCCUGCACUACAUGGCGACACCAACUGGAGAGAGAGGACUCAGGACCUUCAAACAUGGCAGCUGCAUCCACACCUGAAAUGAUCAUACAGCAUUCCCUUUGGCGACCAGUGAGAAACAAAGAAGGGUUAAAAACUGGAUAUGCAUCUAAAACAAGAUGCAAGUCACUGAAGAUUUUUAGAAGAUCAGGCAGACUGUUCAUGCAACCAGUUUCUUCAAAUGAUUCAGAAUCAUACAUGAAUGAAGAAAAAAAGGAAGAAGAUUUACUAAAUAAGUAUAUGCAAUCAAUGUCAAUUGAAGAACAGGGAGAACACCUGAUGUUAACUUGACAGUCUUGUCUUGUACAUCAAAUUCUACCACUCACUGACAUCCAGAUAUUGUGCCAAAGGUGGGGGGGAUGGGGUUGUGAGUUGUGUCCUCUUCCUACAUUUAGAAUAGUAUUGUUAUCGAUCACUAAGUCAUUAAGUAAUUUUGGUUUGUUUAGAAAUGUUUACAAUUGGUCUAAUGUUUUCUGUGUACCACUGCUGUUUGUGUAGUAAAAUUUAUGUGUAAUAUAUGCUUGUAUUUCUAGCUAGAUAUAAUUAAAAUGUUUAUCACUUAAAA